CCAUUGGGGCGAGGUACGCAUGCGUGUGACGUCACCGUUCUAAUAAUAGUCGCAGGAAACCGCUACAGAAAGUGGCUGAAAUCUGGCUCAAGUAGAGACUCGGAUCAUGAUGGGAAAUUGGAGAUUAUUCUAAAGUUUGCAGUUGAGAAGAUUUGAAAUAGCAGUGGUACAGUCCAGAUUGAAGGUUCGAGAUGGAGGAACCUGCACCAACCCUACCCAUGACAUCUCCAGGGCGGCCGACUGAAAUCAUUCAAACAACGCCCAGAAGAUCGUCUAAAAGUCCGGAUCGUAUACGAAACAUUAGUGUCAAUUAUAAAGAAAUGCAUACAAUUGAGGCGGAGGACUUACCCCAGAAUGUACGGAAAGCCUCCGAAGCUUAUGAAAACAAAGUGGCUGAUGAUUCUGGUCGGGCAGCCAAAGAGUGUAAAGUUAGACCACUGCCACAGAACGCUUUUACAAAAUUUUCAAACGAUAGCCCCUCGUGUAGUCCACCUGCCAUGAGGCGCUCUCGAAGCCCAGUAAAGAUCUGGGAGUCGACACUACCCCCUUUUGAUGCUCCGCUUUACGGAAGUGCAGGAACACGGUCAAGAUCCCGUUCACGUAGCCCAACGUUUGGCCGCGUCAUCGACCCAAACGCAAGCAGAGGAAACUCUCGAAAAACAAGCCUUUCCUCGUCAAUAGCCUCAGAAGACAUUGCAAGAUCAAUACGCGUGGCUAGUCCAGAAACACCGGUCGCAACCGGCGGAAACGAACGUGGUCGAUCAGUAAGGAAAGAGAGAGCUGUCUUAAAGGAAAUUAAAGUGGAAAGAAGAAAGUUGCUGAUAGCUCAGGAAGCUGCACGCAUCCCUAGUUUGAUUCCUCCCUAUACUCCCGAUUCUGCAACAGAUGACCAGGGUAACUCCAAAAGUAACCAAUCCCCAGCCAACAAUGAUAGUAAUACCACAAGUCCGGUGGCCCAAUCAGUGAGUCCCACCUCACAUCAGCCCAAAAAUACUUCCACCCCUGACCACCCAAGACCACCCAAAGACACAGAGCAAGCCAAACAGGAGAAAACUGUCCCUUCACCCAAACUAGACCAACCACCUCCCCGUGAGAACUUGUUCAGACGAAUGGUCCGAUAUCUAAGUCCUUGGAGAAGAUCGUCAGACAGACAAAACGGAACCUCAAGACGUACUUCUGACAAACAGAACACAAACUCCAACAACAGCAAUACUGGUAAAGCUGGUGGGGAUGCAUCCCAGGCUAACACACCUGCCAAAGAUGGAAAGAAGGUUUCGUCCCCUACAAACCAGCAGGGAUCAAAAUCAAGUGAGAAGGAGAAUUUAAAACAGCAGUCGUCGACGGGAAAAACAAGAGGUGGUUCUCAGAGUGGAAGUGGCGGGAAGUCGUCGCGUCAGAAAGGCAGCAGCUCAGACCGCUCCCAGUCUCGAUCGCCCAGUCGAGGGAAGCAGGGCGACGCGCAGUCUCGGACCAGACAAGUUAGCCCGCCCGGAGACCAGGUUAAAGUCCGUCGAGAUCCGCCCAUAAAGUACCGAACGGAUCCGCCCAGACACAGGAAGCAGGACCAGGCGAUGGCGAGGAGGUCAGACCCGCACCGCUCGUCCUGCGAGCACAAGUCCCGAGACAGGCACCAUGGGAAGCACGCCGUCAAGCCGCAGCCUCCAGAAGUCAACCAGGGCGAUCUGGUCAACGGCAACGUCAUCGUGGACAGGAAGCCAGAAAAGGAACGGUGGACGUGGAUUCCCAAAAUCCCGGACAGUCCCGCCCAAGAUUGGGGUCCGGCUUUGCCCAAGUCUUCGCCCAGCCCCGACUUGGAACAUGAAUGUGUUGGGAGGAGGGAAAAUCUCAUGGGCUCCUCCAUGGAGAGUUUUAACUCUUCUAUCAACGACGUACCCAUGGACCCCACCUCUCGGUAUUUGAACAUAUGUGGUCUGUCAGAGUUCUGGCAGAAGACAGUCCUUGAUCGAGAGGAUAAUUUAGCUCCCGGACAGUCAGUUUCUGCCCAGGAUAUUCAUUUACGACAAAAGCCAGUAGAAACCAGGGCGCGUGCAGAGAGCGAGGAAAAUGUACGUUGUAACAAAGGGAAGCUAAGACGCUCGCCCCAACCCGAGGAUCUUAAGAAGAUGUCCCAGUCAGCACCCUCCUUGAACGAACUGAAGAAGAGAGCGGCCAAAUACAGAGUAGAAUUAACACUAAGUCCGAAUGCAUCUGUUCAGGACUUGAACGAAAAUGUCGUUCUAGAGACGGACACUGGGACAAUCGAGUUGCCGAAAGAAACCAUGCUUGGCAGCCAAAAGGAAAACAGAACGGGAGAAAUCAACGAAAUGAGGAACAGACUCCUGGUUUCUGCUAUCAGUGGAAAAGACAACCUCGCUGAUGCAAUGAUGGAAUUUCGCAAUAGAACCAACAGCUAUCUAAUGGCAAUAGAAAACUCACCCCUCGGCUCUGCCGGUAUGGCUAACCGCGAAGUCUUCUUUCCCCCGGACAAAUCUCCAAAGUCAGUGUCACGACCACAAACCAUCAACAAUCAUUCCAUACCCAGCAUAGCAGAAAGCAACGAGGAAGAAUCAAUGACUCCAACAAAACCAAAAGCUCUCGACAACGUGAAAGAAGAAGAAACGAUACCCGAUAACGUCCCCACAAGCGAGAAUUCCGAAACCACCAACGUAACAAACACAAGGGUUCAGAAGCGACCAAGUCAGGACGAAGACAACCCCACAGCCGACCUGAAGAAGAGACACGGCCAUGUUGGGAAAGAGCAGUGCGAACAGUUGAUUGUGGAGGGAAUCGUGAAGAGAUUGGACGAGAAGGAUUGCGAGAUUGAAGAGGAAAUCGCAGCUGGGGUUAUCCAGCAGUUAGGAACAGAGGAGUUGGAAAAAGAGAAGGCUGAGAUCCGAGUACAGAAGAGUGAUCAGGAGAGCAGAGAUGGGAAGUACUACCUGGGAGUGAUGGAUCUGGAGAGAGACAGGAUAAGUAAGCUGUGUGGACAGGCUGAGAAGGACCAGGAGGGAGACAUGUCAGAGGAAGCUGAUGGCCUACUGAGAGCAGCAGUGGGAAAGGCACAACUUCUAGUGAGCCAGAAAUUCAAACAGUUUGAGGGACUUUGCCAGCAGAACUUGAACCCAGCAGACUGUGAGGGUGACCAGUGUGUCACCACGUCCUCUGACCUGGCUGGCUUCUGGGACCUCGUCAAUAUCCAGAUAGAAGAUGUGAACAGCAUGUUUGAGGAGAUCGCCCUGCUGAGACAGAACGAGUGGAAGUUCCCCCCGCAGACGUCAUCCAACGGUAAGGACGAGCUCAGCCCAUCCUCCUCCCGCGGAACGUCCACCCAAUCCACCCCGGCUGCUUCCCCAAAACCGCGCAGAACGCGUCCCAAAACCGCCGGCGCCACGCGGAGCCCCAAACCCGGGACAAAAUCCGCCGCCAGAGAUGACGCCAGGAAAAGGCUGCUUGAAGCUAAGAGAGCCGCGGCUGCAAAGAAGAAGGCAACCAUGCAAGAAGACAACAAUGUGGAAAUAUUCCUUCCUGAAGCUUCAAACCCUACACAUACGUAAGUGCGUGUUGUUUGACCGAUGCAUGCUCCGGAUUUAGGCAUUGCAGCGUCAUGCAACAACACUUAACUAAUCAUAUGCAAAUACAAGAUCAUGUGUUUAUUUUGUUGGCCUAAAAAAAUGGCAAAAAUGCCCAUGAAUAGAACUUUUCAACAAGAGGUUUCAAAUUUUUUGUAGGACUUUUUUUGCAGUACAGGAAGAGGUCACAUGAUGCCCUACCUGACAGUGAUCAUGAUGCAUGCUGGGAAAUGCUGCAUCCUCUUUGCCAGUGCUUUUUUUGUCUGAUUGCUCUUUCUGAAAGGUUGUGUUUUUAAUUUGAAAUAGGUGGCUGAGUGAUUAAAAAGCCUGUACAUUACUUCACAUUUAGCAAAUGUUUGAAUGAAGUUGAAUGAUUAUGGUGAAAAAAAUUCUUGUGAAGUGAAUCAUUUCUAACCCUGAGCAUGUUGAGAUUGUUCAAAACCCAGAUUGUAUAUUACCAACCUGGUCCCUAGUUGUAUGAGCACUGAUGUUACUGUUAGGAGGAUUCUACAUUGGAAAAGGUCUUUGACUUAGAAACCAAGCUUACAACUAUGUAACAAGGGGUUGUAGAAACCCAACUUGGGGUCAUAUUUACCCAGGCUGUGGUUGCGCAAGGUUGGAAUCCAUUUGUGGGUUUUAAAAACCCAGGUGGUCACAUGUGAACCAUUCCCAAUUUUUUCUUAAUCCCCUGAACUACAGUAUUUCUUCUCCAUAGCAGUAGCCAUUUAAAAAAACGUCAGAGAUGAUUUAACUUAUUCUGGUCAAUUCCAUUUCUCACUGUCAUGAUAUACAACAUGUAUGUAUCACAAUGAUCACCAGUUUCAAGCUACAUGUAAUACGUCCAAGAAGGUUCAAAAACUUGUUCAUGCCUGUUUAAGAGCUUUAGCUACCAGAAAUGUGCAGAAUUUUCCUCUAUAAGACUGUAUAGUAUGCAUUUGUGCAGUUCAUGUGUAUAUUGGCCACUACCGAGAAUUGUAUUGAAUGAACUCUAGCUAGUUGAGACAUACAAAGUGAAAAAAUUGCAUGGUGUAAAAAAAAAUGGAGAAUCGUUGAAAAGUUUGUCUGUACAGCUACAGUGCAGUAUUAUGACUCUAUUCUCUACUUCUAAGAAUAUGCCAAAGCUUAGUACACACAAAUUGGUCGUUGAAAUGCAGUAAAAAAAAUUGUUCAAAUUAUAGUUGUCCCAUGCAGGAAAGUUUCUUUUUGGUAUGAGCAUCCUACAUAUACAUCUCAGCUAAAAAUUGUGCUCUCAAUGUUGAGGUUUGCCAAAUCAUACCUGAUUUACCUCAAGGCCAUUUAGUGUGUAAUAUUACAUGUAGUAUCUGCCUCAUAUAUAACUAUUUAACUCAAUUUACAUGCAGGCGAAAAACCUGAUGUUCAAAAACUAUCUACAUGUACAUGUACAUGUAUGCACGCAGAUGUCCGAAUGUAAAUCAGCCUGACUGAAACGUAUAUUCUUGACAUAUGCUAAAGCAGGUAGAUUUACAUGCAGGAAAAAUUAGAUGUACGCAGUUUUCACAUGCUUGCGUGUUUGCAGUUUUUUUUUCGGACAUCUCAUUUUUGCCUGUGUGUGUAAAUCAGGUCUCUAGUGCAUUACUGUUAGAGUAAUAAUAUGAUGUCAGUAAAGCAAUCAUAAUGGUAGACCAGGGGUAGGUGCAAGCCAGUGGUGCAUUCAGUACUGGUGUUAUACAUGUAUAGUGACAAGAGUAGGGAAAACAUGUCAAUGAUCAUUCAGGAAAAUCAUUCCAAAUUUUAGUUGCCAGAUUUUUUGCAGGGUUCAUGCUGAUAGAAAUUUUGCUGCGUCAAAAAAAUGUUCUACAUGUCUGAAAGAAUUCUUCUGUUUUUGUGAGAUGAAGAACACAUUGAAGCAUCCUUAUCAUGAAUGCCUCCAAUACUUUGGGAAACUUAACUCAAGCCUUUCUUUAGUUUCUACUCAAGGGACUGAGACCAUCUACAAUUUGAUGGAUUGAUGUGAAAAUAUGAAAAUAUACAAAAUGUUUGUUGCAUCACUCCAAGCAGUCAACCAGGGUUGUACAUUUUGAAGAAUUCUUGGGACAGAGCCCUGCAGUUAUUACAGCAGAUACAAAACUUUCUGUUGUUUUCAAUGUGUGGUAAAAGAGUUAGAGGAGCUCUAAGACUUUUCUCCUUAUGUUGCAAAGGAGUUCUAUUGUUGCAAAUAUCUGUACAGUACACUACGUACUUAUCACGUUCAAUGUGCAAUUGUUUUUUAUAUACUGUGGGUUGUCAUCUUCUGUAGUUUGCCUCACUCUAUACGAGUUUUUUUUACAAGUGUUUUGUGUUUUUUUAGGUAGUAAUUUAUUGUGGAAAUUCUAUUGCAGCAAUUUUUACAUCAUGUUUUUUUUAAGAUUUGAGAUGCGUGCAAACUAAAUUAUGACACAGUUUGUCAAUGUAGAAAGCCAAUAUUUGUAAAUACUAGAAGACUCCAUUUUUGGAGCAGUGUGAAAAUGAUACAGACCCAGUGCAACAUGUUGGUAAACUUGCUGAAUAGCCUAUGUAGAGCCUGUACAAUGUGUUAACUUGGAACUGCUCAUAUGCAGGGUCUUUAAGCACUUACUUACUCUUCCCUAACAUUGCUAAAAUCCAGAAUACUGUAACUGAUGAAGAAAAAGACCUACUCAAUCACACAGAUGUGUGUCAUUGAAAAUAUACAUGAAUUGAAUGCAUUUUCCUGAUAACGACUUGAAUACAUGAACUAUUUCGAUUCUUCUGACCUCGAAUAUGGCCACAGUUUUCUGAGGCCCAAAAGAGGUGGCUUUCACAGUACAAUGCAGUGCCUGUAAUUUGAGGCCAACUACAGAAUGUUAAUGUCAGGUUUUUGUGGCAAAUUAGUACUGUCAGGCACUGUCUUAUGUUGUAACAGCCACUUCUUAUCAUGGAUGAAUUGGUACCUGUGUUUUCAACAAGCAUAUUGUUGCUUUCCCUUGCCUCAUAUGACAACAAGUUACGUGCAUUUUAGCAGAUGAAUUCUCAGUUGAAAGCAAGUGUGAUCCGUGCACUCACACGACUUGAAAUGUACAUGUAACAUUUAGAUCCACUGCAACAAACGUGGACUUUUGGAUGUUUUGCUGUGUAAAUUUGCCUUCUUACUAGCUAUACCUUGCUUGAACUUGAAGCUCCUUAACUAAUAUAAAAAGCUGCUUUUAUGUCCUGGAACAGAUACAUUAUGUCUUACGAAAUAUUCUAUUGUAUAUUGUUAGACAAUAUUGCAAACAAUAUGCAGUUCACAAGUGAAAUGGUACAGUCAUUCAAUUCUGUAUGCAGGGUUUCAAAUAAAUGUGUUCCUAGGCU